UAUAUACACACAACUGGACGGGACAGCAUUACGCUGCACUACACAGGGCGAUAGUAGUAGUAGUAGAUGCGUGUGCGUGGCACAGAUAUAUACAUCACGAUUUUCGCACGUUAUUUGCAGUGACAACGCACACACGAUAAUCUCUUACCACCACUGUAUUGGUUGUUCAUUUACGAAUGUAGUGUUUUAUAGAUACUUGACAUAUAUAUGUACACACACACACAUCGAGCUGCCAAAGCAAAGGGAGUGUGUAUUUAUCGAAAGCCCGAGUCAACUUUGAAUGGCAACCAGUGCUAUCACUGGCGUCAGCUGCAGCGGCAGCAGCAGCGAUGUUGACGACGAAGACGACUGCGAAGACUUUGCCUAUGAGAAGUUCCACGUGGUGCACGGAGGGAAUAUGCACAUGGAUUCAACGCGGACGCACGCGACACGCGUCCGCAGCUUCGGGGACGCGGUUUGCAUGAGCGCUCAGCCCCUUCCCCCAGGCCGGGUGUUCCUCGUGGAGUUGUCUCAGAAGGAGACGGGGUGGUGUGGACACCUCCGCGUAGGACUCACGCGCCUUUGUCCCGGAGGAAGCGAUGGCCUGGGAUGCCCUGUGGGUACAGCAGAGCAGAGUGGCACCCGGCAGUGCACCCACAGCAGGCACGGCAUGCACGGCCCCGCACUGCCGAUCCCCGUCCCCCCGCACGCCUCUCCCGAGAUGGAGGCCCUGGGGGGCACGUGGGUGGUGCCCAUCAGCACGGGGCUGGGAGCGCAGAGAGAGGCAGACGCACUGCUGGGCGAGAGUGACGGAGAAGGAGGAGACAUUGUGAAGGUUGGCAAUCAUGUGAUCGUAAGGGACUCCUUGGUUGGUCGGAGCAGAGUGGGCCGCUACAGCCACUUAUUGGAUCCACUUUUCAAGACUCACAUCUUGUCAACGACAGCACGUGGGACUCGUAUUGGCGUGAUCUGGCGAAUAUUGGAAGGAAAAUACGGUGACACAGAGCAGGAAGGCGUCAUGCACCUGCUCGUGAAUGGCCGGGAUCUCGGCGUCUUUGCGCGAGGGAUCCCCACACACACCCCCAUCUUCGCGGUGGUGGACGUGUUCGGAUGCACCCGCGCCGUCACAGUCCUGCACGUGGAGUACGCCGUUCCAUCCCUGCAAACCAUCUGCCGACGGAUGAUCCAAAAGUUGACCGUGAACAGACUCGCAAUCUCCCGUCUGGGUCUGCCCGCAGCACUCCAAUGUUAUUGCCAGGAAUGAUAAUUUUUAACAACCAUAAGUGAGAUAUAAUGUAAUUUAUAAACAUGUUCGUGCUUUUAGUACAAAUUAAAGAGUAUUUUAAAAAUAUCACCAGCACGUUGAGUUUUUUUUUUAAAUAUUGUACAUAUAUGCUGUAUAUAUUCAGCGCAGACCAGCUACUUGUGUGAAGGCCUCACUCGAGGUCCUAGGUGAUUGUUGGGUAAUUAUUGAAUAAAAUAUAACAAAACCCCA